GCAAGAUGUAGAAUUUCGCGGGAGAAAAAUUCCCAUAAUAUAAUAUGGCGCGAAAAUUUGGAAACUUUAUACCGCCAAUUUUUUAAAAAACCCGCAAAAUUACUACUAGUAUUCUGGCUAUUAUAUUAUAUAUAUACAUUCCAUUUUUCUCCAAAUGUCCCAUUUUUCAACUUUGUAUUGUUAAUUAAUUUCAAGAAUCAAGUUUGUAUUGUGAAGGUUUGGUUGUUGUUGGUAAUUAAUUUGAAGAAUGGGAGUGGAGGAGGCUAAGGACAUUGCUAGGUUUCUAAAUCCAUUAGCAUUUCAUAUUCAGAAGUUGGGUCUUGAACUCAAAUGCCCUCUUUGCUUAAACUUGCUGACUAAACCUAGGUUGCUUCCUUGUGACCAUAUUUUCUGCAACUUUUGCGUUCCAAGCUCGAUCCAAGCUCAAUGUGAAUGCCCUAUAUGCAAACAUCAAUAUGUUGAUGAAGAAAUAAGGGCAGUGCCUCACAUGGAGAGUAUGAUAUCCAUAUUCAGAAGCUUAGAUACUACUUUCAACGCUAAACUCUUUCAGUUUCAAUCUCCCGAUUCUGGAAGAUCACUAGAGCAGUCUAACGUUUCUGUUAAUGCUGAUAAAUCAAGAAUCGAGCAAUCUAUCAAAGCCAUAUUAAGCAGCAAUGAUUCGAUCAAGGAGAUUAAUAGGCACAAUGGACAUGGAAUGCCUUGGAAUGUUGUGAAUCAGUUAGGUCUCUUGCCUUCUUCCAACAGGAAGGAAGACAUAAAAGAUGAUAGGUAUAAUGCAGAAGAAAUAGAUCUGAAUCAAUUGCAACAGCAGUCACCAGGAAGUGCUCAUUCAUCUGAUAGCAACAAAGAUAUAGUCAAGGAGAACAGUGAACUAAGAGAUGUAAAAAGCCAUACUGCAAAGAGGCUUGUAGAAGACAGUUCAGAUGUGGUUCCAUUUCUGAAAAAACAAGAUACCCCAGUUGUGUCCAAAGAUCUAGUGCACCACACAGUUAUGCGUGACGAUGUGUUUCCCGAAAGGGAUGUGAAGAGGCAAAAGAAACUGAACUAUGGAUUGCCAGAGAUGGCCUUGCAAAGUUAUGAUGGUCAUAAUCAACAAAGAGAAUCUUGUUCAAGAAUUAUUUCCAACUCAGACCACAACUUGACAUGUAAAUUGAGUGAAUCUUCUAUUGUUGCUUAUCCAGAAGAAGUUUCAGAUCAACAUCAUCUCGAACGAAGUGUUUGCGCUUUCUGCCACCAAUCUAAGAUAACAGAGGGGACUGGACCAAUGCAGCACUACUCAAAAGGAAGGGAGGUGGUGGUAGAUGCUGCUUCACUUUCAAAUGCCAUACCUGUGCAUAUGAAAUGUAUUGACUGGGCACCUCAAGUAUAUUAUGAUGGAGACAUCAUAAAAAAUUUGGAGGCUGAAUUGGCAAGAGCUGCAAAACUCAAGUGUAGUGUCUGUGGCCUAAAGGGUGCAGCACUUGGCUGCCUUGUGAAAUCUUGCCGGAGGAGUUACCAUAGGCCCUGUGCAUUUGAACUGCAGGACUGUCGUUGGGAUUGUGACAACUUUGUAAUGCUAUGCCCGAGCCAUAAAUCUGUUAAAUUUCCAAGUGAAAAGCCAAAGUCUAGGAAGCGUACCAGUACUGAAGCAUGUCCAGAACCUGCUCCCCUAACAUCUGAAAGAUCAAAUUUUUGGGCAACAUUGUCUGAUGGACCCAAAGAAUGGAUUCUAUGUGGGUCUGCUCUAUCCUCAGAAGAGAAGUAUAUGCUGGUCAAAUUUGCCAAUAUGUGCGGUGCAACUGUGUGCAAGUCUUGGGACCCAAGAGUCACUCAUGUCAUUGCAGCAACAGAUGAAAAGGGUGCAUGCACCAGAACACUGAAAGUUCUCAUGGCAAUUUUGAGUGGAAAAUGGAUCCUAACAAUUGAUUGGAUAAAAGCCUGCAUUCAAGAAAAUUAUCCUGUAAAUGAAGAGCCUUAUGAAGUUAACCUGGACAAUCAUGGUUGUUUUGGGGGUCCCAAAUCUGGUAGACUCAGGGCCUCAUCUAGUGCACCUAAGCUUUUUGAUGGUUUGAAGUUCUAUCUGAGUGGGGAAUAUGUCCCAGCAUACAAAACUGACCUGUUAGAUCUAGUCGAAAAGGCUGGUGGUUCAAUAAUUCACACCAACGAACAGUUGAUUUCCCUGACCGAUGCUAUGCAAGCAACUAACUCAGCUUGUCUAGUUGUUUAUAACAGCGAUCCUCCACGUGGUUGUGCAUUCGGGGAAGCAAGCAACAUUUUGCUGCAACGACAAGCAAAGGCCGAGGAACUAGCCAAGCCCAUCGGUUGUCAGGUCAUUCAGCACACAUGGAUUCUGGAGUCCAUUGCUACAUGUAAAAUGGCGCCUUUCAGCUGAUAAAACGGAUACCCUGAUCCUGUUACACAACAGUUUCUGCAUCAUAGCAGUAUAGAAAAUCUUGUACUUCCUAGAGUUUUCCACAACCAAAAGUAACAGUUGAAGUGAGACAAUGAGACAGAUAUAUUUACCCGAAUCCAGCACUUAUCAUUUUUCUUGUGUAUGUGCAUCACAGACUAUGAUUUAGUUGAAAUGUAGAAGAUUAUAUGAGAAAAUUGCUAGCACCCAAGUUUAUUGUAAGUUAUGCAGGCUUAUGGUCCCA